CAAUUCUUCUGCAAUCAGUUUUGCCAUAUCGUCAAUUACUUCUUUAGUUGAGUUUCUUGUUCCUCUKGGGAUCAUUCGUCCAAAUUGUCUCACGUAGCAGUAUACAGUAGGCGGAUGCAGAUUCCAAUCGAGAGAUUUAAUGAUCUCCAUUUCCAUGAURGCAACGUCAUUUUCUGUAAAACCUCCCCUCCCAAGCUUGACCAAUUUGUCCAACUUGAUCACCGCUGUAUCGAACGUUUUCAACGCCAUUUGUAAGGAUGUAGCGGCCGCGAGUUGAUGUUCCUCCCUCGUCUUACAAAGGCCUCUUAGAAUUGCAAUAUCCAAGAAAUACGUUGCUGCAGCAACAGAGUGUCGUUGGAGAUCACAGCAGUCCACAACAAAAAACAUCCAAUCCASUAACAUUUGUCUCCACAACGAUACGAGCUCAUCAUUCGCAAUGUCCCUGCGUUCUUUACAAUUAGUAUGAUAUACAUUACUUUCCUUUUCUCGCAUGCGAAAGAUUAUUUGUUCCAUUUCGCCCAAAUCGAAACCUUCCGUCAAAUCCUCUAGAGGACCUUCUCUUGAAAUUUUGGGCUGGACCACACAUUCCGUUAUACGGGCAGGACUCAUCUCGGCAUCACUUUUGAGAUACUUACGACUCGGAUCGAGCCCCAUCGUGAAAUGUCGAAGGCCUAUGGAGCGUGUCUCUUCUGAAGCUUUCGAGCUUCGACGUUGUUGUUCGUAGUUUAUUUGAAUACCUUACGUAGUCUUCAAUUUAUGACUCAAGCUUUCUCGAUGCAAAUUUUCAAACGAGGUUUCUGUUUUUCAGGUCUUGACAUUGUAACCGACACAGAUCAAACAAUACAUGUGACAAGUCGAAUUGGAAAAGAAAAAACACGAAAAAAAAAUGAGAAAAACUUGCCAACUUCCUUUCGAUAUUGAAAAUAUCCAUUGUAGUUCUUUUGUCCGUUGCAGUCUAACAUUUAUUGCUUCGUUUSAUUCUCGCGCCAAAUCAAAGGAAAUACUUAUGCCUUCGAGAGAUAAAUGUUUGAAUCAUUGUUCAAUUUUCGCAUCUCUGUUCAUUUGGUACGGCUGCUGAAGUAGAGCAUCGUACGUAACAAGUACGUACGUAAUUUGCACACCUCACUUAUUACGGGGACGCACUCCGUUUUUCCCAGAUUUUUUGUUUGUAUCUCACGUACUCUUCAGCCAACAAUUAACGUGGUCUCCUCUUAAUUGUUGACUCUGGGACCUACRAAAGUCACGGCGACUACCUMGGAAUGACAAGCUACAGCAACAAGAAGCGCACGCAAACUGCAAUGAAAACUAAGAUAAAUAUCAUUGAUAUUUUUUAUCUUGAGCAAUUUCAACCAUCUCAAAGUGAACGGUCUACGAUCCAUCGCGUCAGGGUCUCAUACCUAGGAUUUCGAUAAUUUUUCGUGAUACUAAUGCGGGCAGACGAAGACGAUGCCAAAACAUGAGAGUCACAACGAUCGUUCUAAUUUACUUCUGCAGUAUUCUUUUGCUUUUACCACUGGGUUGCUGGUACUAGCGAUCUGGUUAAAUCUAGCCAGACUGUGGGUACAGAUCAGAUAACGCUUUGUCAAGCAGGGAUACAGAAGAUCAUUCAUGAAUGCACGGUUGCGUCGAUAUCCGUCUUAUUACAGAAAGCAAAAUCGCUUUUAAGUCAUCAUCGAUUGAUUGUUUACGAGAGCAAUUCUUACGAUUUCAGCAAGAGAUGAAAUGAAUCACACGUUAUUUAAGUCAUAAUAAUGAUAAUUCUUAAAUUUGCCUAUUGAACACCUUAGCACAAUUUGUAUGCUUGUUGUGGUACCGUUUAGGUACAAAAUAUCUUAUUGGUGCAUUKGAUUGCCUCAACAGGCACCCACAAUCAUGUCCUACGACAGAGAAAAAGCUCCACAUGAAGUUGACUAGAUGAAUGAAUCAUCGAUAGACAACCAUUCAUAGUUUAGUAUCCAUUGYAUUGCUACAUUAGACGCUUUCAUCGAGAUUCAUUCCAUUGGCUACUGGUGUAGAUACAUAUAUUUUUUGGCGAAAGUUGAACCUCGAUAACGAAAUUGAUUUUCAUGAUCGUGACAAUUUAGUGAACUCAGACUUGACCCGGUCGUCGUCGUAAUUCAGGGGCAAUCUUCGAUGCCGUCCUCGCUAUGUACGGUUUCAACUKCAAGCAUAGUAAGCAGACAGAAUGAGUUUAAAUAGCAAUAAAAUUGUGUCAGAUAAAUCGUAAUUUGCCAUGAUGCGAUCAUACGAACAUGCGUCACUUCUUCUCAUGAACCCGGAAUCUCCAAAACUCUCCAAUUGUUCAGUUGCCAUGCGGGGGUCAUUGACGUGACAUCGCACGAACUUUUUGGAAUUGCUAUAAAAUCCGAAUAUUAACAAAAACAUGACGCAAAGAAACCUGAAAACACCAAAACUAACUCACGUUGAAUCCUUCCAAAUCCGGCACAAUCAACUCAAGCUUCUUUUUGGGGUCCGGUAUGAAUUUUCCCUUGCUUGUCAACCUUCCCUCUUUUGUCGCGCCUUUCCCCUUGUAGUAUCCUUUUCCUGCUCGUUUUGUAGUCAAUGGCAUACGUUUUCUCGCCGAUUUGGAAAUGUAUUUUGAGAUUGAACGAUGCUGUUGUUGGUUCAAAAUCGUCAUUGAUGGACUAUUCAUCUGUUGUUGCGUGAAUGAUUGCAACAGUCCUGACUGAGUUGCAGAAGAGAUGCCGGCGGGCGACCCUCGAUGGAUACAGCGCGUGGCGAAAGUGCGAAUCGCAUUCAUUGUAUUCUAAUAAUUAGAUGGGUCGGGAAACCUCUUUUGUGUUCUUUUUGCGRACUUGUCACGGUUAUGGCGUGACUCUGCUUGUUUCAAUGAAUAAAUUCUAUUUCAAGACRCUCGGCUUGAAACUCUACACUAAUUCUUCGUAUUCACGUUGGGAUCGAAAGGGAGAAGCGAGAUAAAAUCUAUUCGUGCCGUUAGCGGUGUAMGAAAAGUGGGGUGUUCARGGUUACCAUUGUGAUGCAUCGUUCUCCGUCGCUUUCUCACGACAUCAUCUCCUAUCUCCUACCGGUUGAUUUUUAGUUCUUCCUUUUUUACUUUGCAUGAGCGUUGUGAGUCAAUCCGUCAGUCUGUCAGUCUAUCAGCCCAUCAGUCGAGUGUGUCCAAUUUUCGCUACCGGAAGGCACUGUAAGGUACCGUUAUUUUGAGCCGGUGUUUGGGGGAUAUCUAUUCGGGUUAUGAAAAGUAUUUCAAUAGUUACAGGUAGCUCUACCCCAACCUGCGAGGUACUACUGUUGUCGAUCUCGAUCUGAUUGAAAUGCUGCGCUGCAGCGUCACCAAAUAAAUUUCCCCUAUUUAAUUUGAAAUUCGAACUCGGAAAAAUCUUGAAACAAAUGCCUGCAGGUUCAAUGGACCGUUAAUAAAAUACGAUACGGUAGCUGAUCGCAUAGACAGAACAGAGGUCAGAGCUGCGAUAUGGUACGGUUCGUCAAUGCAAUACAAAUUACAACUAAUGACAUACUGGACGGAGGGGAAAAUCACGGAUCCCGACUCACAAUGCCAUUGAAUCGAACACGCCUCGAACAAUUGUCAUUUCUACUUUGGUGAAGUCAAUCGAUACAUUUCAUUUCAUGAUGAUCGGGAGGAAUGGUCGCGUUCUGUUGAAAUCAUGUGUUCACCGGGAGUGCGACAGGUACACUGCAAUAAGAUAUUGCUUGCUCCUUGCAGCUGCAUUUGUGUCAUCUCUUUACAUCUUUGUGCCACCCUCUGUGCGAAAACUUCCAAGAGAUCAUCCCACUCAGAUAAAAUUUCGAUCCCUAGCCUGCCUUCUCAUAUGUGCCGUGGGCAUGUUGAGUUAUCCCUACCUCUUUUGCGACCAUGACAACGACAAUCAACAAGAAAACCUUGAGCUCUUUUCGAUUGAAAAUAUNGCAACGUCAUUUUCUGUAAAACCUCCCCUCCCAAGCUUGACCAAUUUGUCCAACUUGAUCACCGCUGUAUCGAACGUUUUCAACGCCAUUUGUAAGGAUGUAGCGGCCGCGAGUUGAUGUUCCUCCCUCGUCUUACAAAGGCCUCUUAGAAUUGCAAUAUCCAAGAAAUACGUUGCUGCAGCAACAGAGUGUCGUUGGAGAUCACAGCAGUCCACAACAAAAAACAUCCAAUCCAGUAACAUUUGUCUCCACAACGAUACGAGCUCAUCAUUCGCAAUGUCCCUGCGUUCUUUACAAUUAGUAUGAUAUACAUUACUUUCCUUUUCUCGCAUGCGAAAGAUUAUUUGUUCCAUUUCGCCCAAAUCGAAACCUUCUGUCAAAUCCUCUAGAGGACCUUCUCUUGAAAUUUUGGGCUGGACCACACAUUCCGUCAUACGUGCAGGACUCAUCUCGGCAUCACUUUUGAGAUACUUACGACUCGGAUCGAGCCCCAUCGUGAAAUGUCGAAGGCCUAGGGAGUGUGUCUCUUCUGAAGCUUUCGAGCUUCGACGUUGUUGUUCGUAGUUUAUUUGAAUACCUUACGUAGUCUUCAAUUUAUGACUCAAGCUCUCUCGAUGCAAAUUUUCAAACGAGGUUUCUGUUUUUCAGGUCUUCACAUUGUAACCGACACAGAUCAAACAAUACAUGUGACAAGUCGAAUUUGAAAAGAAAAAACACGAAAAAAAAUGAGAAAAACUUGCCAACUUCCUUUCGAUAUUGAAAAUAUCCAUUGUAGUUCUUUUGUCCGUUGCAGUCUAACAUUUAUUGCUUCGUUUCAUUCUCGCGCCAAAUCAAAGGAAAUACUUAUGCCUUCGAGAGAUAAAUGUUUGAAUCAUUGUUCAAUUUUCGCAUCUCUGUUCAUUUGGUACGGCUGCUGAAGUAGAGCAUCGUACGUAACAAGUACGUACGUAAUUUGCACACCUCACUUAUUACGGGGACGCACUCCGUUUUUCCCAGAUUUUUUGUUUGUAUCUCACGUACUCUUCAGCCAACAAUUAACGUGGUCUCCUCUUAAUUGUUGACUCUGGGACCUACRAAAGUCACGGCGACUACCUMGGAAUGACAAGCUACAGCAACAAGAAGCGCACGCAAACUGCAAUGAAAACUAAGAUAAAUAUCAUUGAUAUUUUUUAUCUUGAGCAAUUUCAACCAUCUCAAAGUGAACGGUCUACGAUCCAUCGCGUCAGGGUCUCAUACCUAGGAUUUCGAUAAUUUUUCGUGAUACUAAUGCGGGCAGACGAAGACGAUGCCAAAACAUGAGAGUCACAACGAUCGUUCUAAUUUACUUCUGCAGUAUUCUUUUGCUUUUACCACUGGGUUGCUGGUACUAGCGAUCUGGUUAAAUCUAGCCAGACUGUGGGUACAGAUCAGAUAACGCUUUGUCAAGCAGGGAUACAGAAGAUCAUUCAUGAAUGCACGGUUGCGUCGAUAUCCGUCUUAUUACAGAAAGCAAAAUCGCUUUUAAGUCAUCAUCGAUUGAUUGUUUACGAGAGCAAUUCUUACGAUUUCAGCAAGAGAUGAAAUGAAUCACACGUUAUUUAAGUCAUAAUAAUGAUAAUUCUUAAAUUUGCCUAUUGAACACCUUAGCACAAUUUGUAUGCUUGUUGUGGUACCGUUUAGGUACAAAAUAUCUUAUUGGUGCAUUGGAUUGCCUCAACAGGCACCCACAAUCAUGUCCUACGACAGAGAAAAAGCUCCACAUGAAGUUGACUAGAUGAAUGAAUCAUCGAUAGACAACCAUUCAUAGUUUAGUAUCCAUUGYAUUGCUACAUUAGACGCUUUCAUCGAGAUUCAUUCCAUUGGCUACUGGUGUAGAUACAUAUAUUUUUUGGCGAAAGUUGAACCUCGAUAACGAAAUUGAUUUUCAUGAUCGUGACAAUUUAGUGAACUCAGACUUGACCCGGUCGUCGUCGUAAUUCAGGGGCAAUCUUCGAUGCCGUCCUCGCUAUGUACGGUUUCAACUGCAAGCAUAGUAAGCAGACAGAAUGAGUUUAAAUAGCAAUAAAAUUGUGUCAGAUAAAUCGUAAUUUGCCAUGAUGCGAUCAUACGAACAUGCGUCACUUCUUCUCAUGAACCCGGAAUCUCCAAAACUCUCCAAUUGUUCAGUUGCCAUGCGGGGGUCAUUGACGUGACAUCGCACGAACUUUUUGGAAUUGCUAUAAAAUCCGAAUAUUAACAAAAACAUGACGCAAAGAAACCUGAAAACACCAAAACUAACUCACGUUGAAUCCUUCCAAAUCCGGCACAAUCAACUCAAGCUUCUUUUUGGGGUCCGGUAUGAAUUUUCCCUUGCUUGUCAACCUUCCCUCUUUUGUCGCGCCUUUCCCCUUGUAGUAUCCUUUUCCUGCUCGUUUUGUAGUCAAUGGCAUACGUUUUCUCGCCGAUUUGGAAAUGUAUUUUGAGAUUGAACGAUGCUGUUGUUGGUUCAAAAUCGUCAUUGAUGGACUAUUCAUCUGUUGUUGCGUGAAUGAUUGCAACAGUCCUGACUGAGUUGCAGAAGAGAUGCCGGCGGGCGACCCUCGAUGGAUACAGCGCGUGGCGAAAGUGCGAAUCGCAUUCAUUGUAUUCUAAUAAUUAGAUGGGUCGGGAAACCUCUUUUGUGUUCUUUUUGCGRACUUGUCACGGUUAUGGCGUGACUCUGCUUGUUUCAAUGAAUAAAUUCUAUUUCAAGACRCUCGGCUUGAAACUCUACACUAAUUCUUCGUAUUCACGUUGGGAUCGAAAGGGAGAAGCGAGAUAAAAUCUAUUCGUGCCGUUAGCGGUGUAMGAAAAGUGGGGUGUUCARGGUUACCAUUGUGAUGCAUCGUUCUCCGUCGCUUUCUCACGACAUCAUCUCCUAUCUCCUACCGGUUGAUUUUUAGUUCUUCCUUUUUUACUUUGCAUGAGCGUUGUGAGUCAAUCCGUCAGUCUGUCAGUCUAUCAGCCCAUCAGUCGAGUGUGUCCAAUUUUCGCUACCGGAAGGCACUGUAAGGUACCGUUAUUUUGAGCCGGUGUUUGGGGGAUAUCUAUUCGGGUUAUGAAAAGUAUUUCAAUAGUUACAGGUAGCUCUACCCCAACCUGCGAGGUACUACUGUUGUCGAUCUCGAUCUGAUUGAAAUGCUGCGCUGCAGCGUCACCAAAUAAAUUUCCCCUAUUUAAUUUGAAAUUCGAACUCGGAAAAAUCUUGAAACAAAUGCCUGCAGGUUCAAUGGACCGUUAAUAAAAUACGAUACGGUAGCUGAUCGCAUAGACAGAACAGAGGUCAGAGCCGCGAUAGGGUACUACGGUUCGUCAAUGCAAUACAAAUUACAACUAAUGACAUACUGGACGGAGGGGAAAAUCACGGAUCCCGACUCACAAUGCCAUUGAAUCGAACACGCCUCGAACAAUUGUCAUUUCUACUUUGGUGAAGUCAAUCGAUACAUUUCAUUUCAUGAUGAUCGGGAGGAAUGGUCGCGUUCUGUUGAAAUCAUGUGUUCACCGGGAGUGCGACAGGUACACUGCAAUAAGAUAUUGCUUGCUCCUUGCAGCUGCAUUUGUGUCAUCUCUUUACAUCUUUGUGCCACCCUCUGUGCGAAAACUUCCAAGAGAUCAUCCCACUCAGAUAAAAUUUCGAUCCCUAGCCUGCCUUCUCAUAUGUGCCGUGGGCAUGUUGAGUUAUCCCUACCUCUUUUGCGACCAUGACAACGACAAUCAACAAGAAAACCUUGAGCUCUUUUCGAUUGAAAAUAUAAUGYUUUCCACCUCUCGAARACACGGAGUAUUCCGUGGCAUAUUUGGAAUUUUAGCGCAUACAUGCAUAUUAUAUACUGGUUCUUCUUUUGCUGGACUGUUAUACUUCUAUGAAAUUCGAAAGCAAUACAUCCGGCAGGGAAAUCAMCAAASUGUGCUAGAAAUGAUUCGAUGCAUACUCUCUGAGAAAUUAUYGAAGAACAACACCAGGGAUAUUUGGAUAGUUGUACGAAACUAUUGCAUUGCUCCCCUAACCGAAGAGAUUGUAUUCCGGGGCUGCAUGGUUCCAGCUCUGCUUGCUACGGGAAUGUCCAUAGGUAGGGUAUCACUGGUAGCUCCUCUCUUUUUUGGGCUCGCUCAUUUGCAUCACGCGGCGACACGUCUAUCGAAUGGAGAGCAACUACGAAUGGUGAUGCUCGCCACAACCUUUCAGUUUCUUUAUACGUCUCUUUUUGGUAGCUAUGCAUCCUAUGGUUUCAUUCGAUCCGGUUCCAUUCUCCCGGUGGUUUUGAGUCAUUCCUACUGCAAUUGGAUGGGAUUACCAAAUCCUGGGUUUGCAAUCAACGCCUACCAUCCCCUUCAUCGAUUUCGGAUGUUCAUUUUGUUCGCAUAUUUCAUCGGAAUAGUCACCUUUUGGUACACCUUUCACAUAGAUCUUUUCCUACCGCUUCCGGCAGAACUUCCUCGGUUUGUACGGUCAAACCAUGARUAAACGUACUGGCAAAAUCUAGUCUGACAUUGAAUCUGACGGAUGGAAAGCGUUUGCCUGAGUUCAWUKCUAUUCCUAGUACGAUACCAUUAUCAAUAAUAAUAAUGCCAUCAC